AUGAGAACUCUACCAAACGAAGGUGUGGAAGAACGAGCAUCAAGAGAUUUGCACUCAGAUAGCGAGGAAUUGAAGAACUAUGCUAUUAUCCUUCAGCUAAACGCCGCUUAUGAACCGCCUAUGGACCCACGAGAUGGCACGUUCCCUUUAAAGAGUAUAGACAAUCGCAUCCGUCCUAUAAUCUCCCCCCUUGUCGUCGCCGUCAACUAUCUUGUCGUAUCUGUGACGCUCUGCGUCCUUUGUCAUCGGUGUAUCGGGUACAGCCCCAAUAGAAUCAACAUGACACCGACGCGAGAGCGGAGACUGGGCAACUUGUUUUCUAUUGGUUCCCCACGGAUCGAACGUCUCACAUUAGUUGAAACUCGUACGUGGCAUUUGAAGGACAUCACGAAUGGUACAAUAUUCAAUUUGGCACUGACAAGGGCUGAGAUAUCAAUAUCUAUAUAA